AUGCCACUUCAACAAGAAAUUGUAAGGGAUGCAAUUGAACUGGUUACAAGAAGCAUGUCAAAUCUCAUCCUAAAAUUAACUUUGUUAGAACAGAUAAAAGAGAGGCAAAAAGAGGACGAGGCACUAGUAAAGCAAGGGGCGUUAAUACAAGGAGAUGAUGACAACAACUUUGCAAUGUUCAAUGGGGAAUUUAUGUGUUACAAGGACAAAAUACGUGUGCCGUAUGACAAGGAGCUUAAGGAAAGUAUUGUGAAGGAAGCACACACAACACAUAUUCCCUUUUGUCUAAGGUCAACGAAGAUGUAUAAUGAUUUGAAAACGAUGUACUGGUGGCCUGGGAUGAAAAAAGACAGCAGAAUUUGUCGCAAGAUGCCUAACUUGUUACCAAGGAGCGAGCAUCGUGAUUCGCCUUGGGUAAUAAUUGAUCGGCUUACUAAGUCAGCACAUUUUCUUUCAGUUAAGACAACUUAUAAUGCAGAUCAGUAUGCAGAGUUGUAUGUGUGUGAGAUUGAGCGACUUCAUAAAGUGCCAAAGUCCAUAAUAUCCGACAUAGUUCAAUCUUCACCUCAAACUUUUGGAAGAGUUUACAACGAGCUAUGGCAACAAAACACUUCGUGA